AUGCCUCCUAAAUCCAAGUCAGCGGGUGCCAAAGCAAGGGCUCCACCCAAAAGGAAAAUGGCAGAGGAAAUGAAACCAGGGGAGGUGCUGACUGACACUGGUAAAAAGCAGUGGAAAAUAGGAAUGCCCAUAGGCAAGGGUGGAUUCGGUCUCUUAUACUUGGCUGAUGAAAAUUCUUCCAAAGCUGUUGGGAAUGGUGCUUCAUAUGUCAUCAAAGUGGAACCCAGUGACAAUGGACCACUUUUUUCCGAGCUAAAGUUCUACAUGAGAGCAGCAAAGCCCGAGCUAAUUCAGAGCUGGAUAAGUUCUCGGAAGAUCAACUACCUCGGUGUGCCCAAAUAUUGGGGAUCUGGAUUGUAUGCAAAAGGAGGCAAAAGUUACAGAUUCAUGGUGAUGGAUCGAUUUGGAUCUGACCUUCAGAAAAUCUUUGAAAAAAAUGGAAGAAAAUUCCCACGGAAAUUUGUGUUACAGUUAGGCCUUAGAUUGAUUGACAUACUAGAAUAUAUCCAUGACCAUGAAUAUGUGCACGGUGACAUUAAAGCUUCUAAUCUUCUCCUGAGUUACCAGAAUCCCAAUGAGGUGUAUUUAGUUGAUUAUGGCCUUGCAUACAGAUACCGCCCUGAAGGAGUACACAAGGAAUACAAGGAAGAUCCAAGGCGUUGCCACGAUGGAACCCUUGAAUUUACGAGUAUUGAUGCACAUAAUGGAGCAGUUCCUGCCCGGCGUGGUGACCUGGAGAUCUUGGGAUAUUGCAUGUUACAGUGGCUCUGUGGGAGCCUGCCCUGGGAGGACAAUCUCAAUGACGCCAAUUAUGUCAAGCAAGAAAAAAUCAAGUACAGGGCAAACCUCCCAGCUUUGAUGGAGAAAUGUUUUGCUUCCAAAACCAAAGGAGGUGAAUUCUUAAAGUACUUUGAGUAUGUGAAGUCGCUGAAUUACAACGACGGACCGCAGUACCAGAAGCUGCGAGACAUAUUUCAGCAAGGACUUAAAGCCAUCGGCGCCAAAGACGAUGGCAUUUUGUCAUUGGGUGUAUCCUCUAAUGGAGACGCUCCAACAACGUCUAAGAGGAAGAAUUACCGAAAGACAGAUGACGAUGAUAAUGAUCUGGAAUGCAACAUAUCAGACUCCGACGCGAAAAGUGCAAAGAAACCACGGAAAUCACCAAAGCCAAAAGGAAAACAGCCUGCUAGGAAAAGGCCUGCAAAGGCACCAAAGACAGUAGAUAUGGGUACUCAGACUUCUCCUGUUCAUUCACUUCCUGCGAGAAGAAAGAAGAUAAAUAAAUAAUCCUUUCAAAAGGAAAAUAAUGUUUUUGUAUAAUUGCCCGUUUCUGUUUUUUUUUUUACUAAGUCGAACCGCGUCCGGAUCAAGUUCUAAAUAUUGGUCUCAAUAAUAGAUUUUUAUUAAGGUUUUAUGUGUUGUGCUUUUCUUUGUUGCCUCUUUCAAAUAAAAACGGAUACAUUAAAGGUUAAUAUUUCUCUUUCUUUACUUACGUAAUAGAUUUGUUUUGGGUGUAUAUCUUUCUCCAUUCAUAUGUCCCACUGUUUGGUCCACUUUUGUAUCCGAGAUUAAUGAAGGAAUAACAAAUGUAAUAGAGUAAUUAGUUUAAUUACAA